UAUUUUCCUUUCAGAAUAUCCAGAGUAGCCAUCACCUUGGGCUUCUGUAUUCCUGACUCUCUUAGAAUCACUUUCCAUUGAAGAAGGAAUAGAAGUGAGAUGGCAACGACACACACAGUGCGAACUGUGGGCAGCAUACCCUCCAAAUAUGUGCAGAGGAAGCGAAUGAGAAUGCGACCUACAAGCGUGGGAUGUCAUCGAGUGGCUCUUAUCCAUGGAGACCCAGAGCACAAGAUUGAUGAGUUUAUGCUGUACAGUGAUGAGGAUGAGGAAGAGGAGGAUAACGACGCAGAAGAGGAAGAGAACUCAAGGGAUGGAGGAGGAUAUAUUGCCUUAGGGGGUGUCCCUCACCAUCCUUCACACCACCACCACACAGUGCGGCGGAAACAGUCUUUUAUGCAGAAGUACCAACCCUUGAGCCACAACUUUGCUGAUUAUGUCCUAACAAGAUCUCGGGGCUGCAGCCGACAUGAGUAUCAAAGUAUCAAUGAGGAGUUUGGCACAAGGCACAUGCUAACCACAGGCAUGUUUCGAGAGAGACCCAUUCCACUCAACAGGAUAAACAAG